GGCGCUGCGCCGCUCCAUCAUGGGCGAGCGGCAGCCGGACGCCUUCUCCUGCAGCGCGGCCGCCUCGCUGGAGCCUCGGCAAUGAAUGGGCACUCGCUGCCGGCCGGCACGCCAGCGCAUCCCCGGGGCUGGCAUGAGUUCUGCGAGCUGCACGCCAUCAGCACCGCCAAGGAGCUGGCGCGGCACUACCUGCGCUUCGCCACCGAGCACCCGCACCAUGACCUCCUGGCCGCAGAGAACUUCUCGGUGCAGUUCACCGACCUCUUCCAGCAGUAUUUCUGCCACGAGGUGAAGGAGGGCAUCGCCAUGAGCCAGCUCCGCAUCCUGCCCGCCGGCCCGGCGCGGGAUUACCGGGACACGCACCGGCGGCACACCGACGCUUCCCUGGGCACGGUGGCCACCAAAGCCGAGGCGGAGCCCAGUGCCCGCCCCGAGCAGCCCGUCCGAGCCCCCGAGGCUACUCCCUCUGGGCUGCGCAAGUCCUGGAGCUCGGAGGAGCUGGCGGGGCCGGCGCGGAGACCCUUCUCGCUCAGCCAGCUGCGCAGGAGCUGGCGCAGCCUCUUCCGACGGCGCUCCUCGGAUGCGCUCCCCGGGGAUGGCGAUGGGGACACAGCGGCGGAGGCGGCUCUGAAGCCGGGACUGGGAAAACGCAUCCUGCCGUGGGGGCUGUCGCGGGAGCAGCCCCCGGAGGUGCGCAGGGAGGGGCUCCUCAAGUACGGGCUGCUGGAUGAGAAUUCCCUGGACAGCGGGACGCGCUGGCAGCGCUGCCGCCUGGUGCUGCGGAGAGCGGGGCCGCCCGACGCCGAGGAAUUUGUGCUGGAGCUCUUCGACCCGCCCAAGGGCUCCAAGCCGAAGCUGCUCAUUGCCUGCUCCGCCGUGCAGGAGGUGCGGAGGUGCACACGCCUCGAGAUGCCCGAUAACCUCCACACCUUCGUCCUCAAGGUCACCAACGCCACCGACAUCCUGUUUGAGGCAGGGGAUGAGCAGCAGCUCAGCUGCUGGACGGCCGAGAUCCGGGAGUGUGUGCACAGGGGCAGGUCUGACACGGGUGACCCCGAUCUCCUGACGUGCCGACACCCCGACCCUACAGCUGCCAGCAGCACCACCAGCACCGACCCUCUCAGCCAAGGGGCGACGCCGGGGGGCCCGGGGGAGGCGGCGGGGCCGAAGAUGGAGCAGUUCCUCUCCUCCUGCCCCUGGUUCCACGGGCCCAUCUCCCGUGUGAAGGCGGCUCAGCUGGUGCAGCUGGGGGGGCUGGAGGGCCACGGCGUGUUCCUGGUGCGGCAGAGCGAGACGCGGCGCGGGGAGUACGUGCUCACCUUCAACUUCCAGGGCAGAGCCAAGCACCUGCGGCUGGCGCUGACGGAGCGGGGCCAGUGCCGUGUCCAGCACCUGCGCUUCUCCUCCAUCGUGGAGAUGCUGCACCACUUCCACCGCUACCCCAUCCCGCUGGAAUGCGGCACCGCCUGCGACGUGCGGCUCUCCAGCUACGUGGUGGUCCUGCCCCAGGCACAAGCUCCCGGCUCCAGCACCACGGUCCCGCUCCCUCUGCCCUUUCCCAGCUGGAGCCCCGAGUUCAACCUCAUCCCCACUGGCUCCUCCUGCCCACAUGGCCCUGAUGAACCCCCCGGGGGUCCCCCAGCCGAGCAGAUCUUCCACCUGGUGCCACCACCAGCUGAGCUGGCACAGAGCCUGCGUCCGGCCAGGGCCACCACGGCCACCACGGCCACCACGCCCCGGCCCCGUGACUCGGACUAUGAGGUGGAGGCACCUGGCCGGGGCCACGUCCGCGCCAUCGACAACCAGUACACACCACUCUGACCAGCACCACGCCGGCACUGGGAUGCACUUUCGGGUGGAGAAAUCCUGGAGACUUUCUGGGGGAUCCAUCGAGAGAAAGAAUGUACCUGUUUCUUCCUUCUGGUUAGGGAUUAUUAUUGUAUUUUUUGCAAGGAAAGGGGGUAAUUUUUCACUCCUGUACGGGUGUGCUCCCUCUCGUUGGCCUGUUAAAGGGCCUCUUAUUGUUGUUUUUGUUGUUCUUAUCAAAGCUUUCUCAUUACUGUUUACACAACGCCGAUUGUGCCUGUGCCGGGGCUCAGUGUCCCGCCUGUCCCUGACACGACAGCGCCCAGCUGAGGAACCAGGGGCUUGUGGCACACCCACGGAAUUGGAGAAAGUUAAAAAAACCCCAGGAUAACAAGAAAAAAAGGAUUAUAAAUUCAUUGUCAAGUUGCUGCUCCAGGCCUCGUCCUCCCACCCUGGCUGCUGAACCCACCAGCAAAACCCGACCCGAGCUGAGCUCCCACGAAGGGUGAUGAGCAGGGUUUGGGCUUUUUUUGUUUUUAGCUAAGGCAAAAACUGGCUUUUUCUUGCUUUUCCUCUUUAACCCAGCACAGCUGUGGUCACUCCCUGCGCCAGCCAGAGGGAUUCUCAUCCUGCUGUCCCGGCUGAUUGAGACUGAACACUAAUUGCUCCAUCCUUAGCCAUGGCACCAGCCAAGAACUAACACAGAGACUGACACAAACCACUCCUGCUGGUGAGGGAGGGGUUUAUCCUGGUGAUGGAUGAGUUCUAUCCCUGUGAUGGAGGCUUUUUAUCCCUGUGCUGAAUGGGUUUUCAUCCUGGUGAUGGAGGCGUUUUUAUCCUGGUGAUGGAACUGUUCUAUCCUGGCGAUGGAACCGUUUUAUCCCAGUGAUUUUAGGCACAAAUCUAAAGUCAGCAUUCCCCCUAAAGAACUCCCCCAUACUCUUGCUUGCCUUUUUUUCCCCCAAAAAACACCCUGUCACCAGGAGCUUGGUGGCAUUUAAAGCUCCACCACAGCCUCUUGCAGGUAAUGGGGGUCCCUGGGGGCACCUCCUCACCUGGAGGGAAAACUUGUCCAAAUCCCUGGGUCUCAGCAUCCCCAACUGUCCCCAAAGUCUGCUGCUGUUCUUGAGCCCCUGGGGCUGCUUCACCUGCCUGGGGCAGCCAUGAGAGAGGAAGCUUUUGUGAGAAGCUGCCGUUAUUUUAGGAAAGAGGAAGGGCUGGAGCCGUUGCGCCACACAGGAGGGGAUGUUCACAGCAUUCAACUUCCAGAUUUCCCAGCUCAGCCUUCCCUGGGAUUUUGGAUGUAAAACUUGCCUUGAGAUUGCCUUAAAGAAAGCUGUUUUUAAUUUCUAUUUCCCUUGAAAUUGCAAUACCGGUGGGAGCCCUCAGGAGCAUUAAUAUUUAGGAAUUAAUUUGAAAACAAAGCCUCGUUGGGCUGAGUUAGGGAAUUCCACAAAAAUCGAGCCUCUAGGACAGGCUUUGGUGUGAAGCAGGUUCUGGGUGAGCCCACGGUCCAAGGAGACAAGGUCAGGAGCUGAAAGGCAAGGCCAAAAUAUCUGGGGCCAAACAGCCCAGGAAGCAGCCAUGAGAGCAAAUCUAGGUUUAAAAAUCGAAGUAUGAGGCUGGGACAAACGGGAACCAUCAACUGGAGAAACCAUUUAGGUUUUCCUUCUGUGCCUCCCCAUUGCUUGCUCUUGCUCUCUCCUGGGCUUUGUGCAUUUAGAGCAGGCAAAGGCUUUUUUUUUUCCCCCUGCUUUCUCUACACUCGUGCCUGAAACUGGAGCAUUAAGAGCAAAAUUGCACUGGUCCUGCAGCACUGGCAGCCUUGGAGAGGCUGAUGGAGAAACAAAGCCAGCCCUGUCCUCGCUGGGCUCCUCAGCUGUAUCCGCAUCCCAUUCUCCUCCCUGGAGCAGCACAAAGGCUGCAGCCAGAGGCAGGAGCACAUCCCCGGGGCUGCCUUGUGCCAGGCAAGGCAGCUCCUCCGAGGCUCAUAAAUAACUCCCCGUGCUCUUGCAUUUAUAGGGAUGGGGAAGGGAAAGGGGGGACGACACAGCACAAGUUAUUUCCUUUCCUUGCCUGCUGCCUGCUUCCCAAAGCCUUGGAAAACACAGGGAUGUGCUAAAUCUUGCUAAGAUUCCUGCUUUUUAUCCCACAGAGCUCCAGGGAGCUGCAUUCAAAGGGGUUUUCCCCCAAAAAGGCGAGGUGGAAUCACCCGAGUCUCCUUCCAUCUGCAAAGAAAGGAUGGGCUGGGAAAAGGCAGCGCUAUUCACAUCCCUUGCCAGAUGAAUCCAGAGAAAUCCUUGCCAGAUAAAUCAGAUGCUGCUGGGGUGGGUUGUUUUGGCACGCCAGGACUUUAUUGUUCCAGUGCCAGAACUGAAACAUGCGUGUGCAUGUGGUAUUUUUAACCUGCAGUUUAAUUACAAGGGGGUUCUCCGCAGUUUAAAUGGAAAUUGCUGUGCUUGAUUAGUAAAAUACACGUUGGGUUCAUUAUCUCCCCGUCAGCCACUUCCCCCAUGCAAACAAACUCCAGUGGGGGAGAACUCCUGUUCCUCCCCACCAGUGAGCAGUGGGAGAGUCCCUCUGAUUAUUUAAUAGUUAAUUCCAUCCCCAAACUCACCCACAGGCAGCCAGGGCUGUCCAGCCCUCCCAGCUCCACCAGCUCCUCAUUUCAGAUCCACUGCAGCAGGACCUGAGGGGAUUUUUGGGCUAUUUCCCAAGUUCCUGGGGGGACUGAGUUUGAAAUCCCAUUUCUCCUAGAAAACAUCUGGCUUGUGACACAGGUCAGAGCCUGACUCUGCUCCUGCCAGCACGUUACUCCAGCCCUAAGGUACUCCCUCCUCUGCAUUUAGCAGUGGGCAAAGAGCAUUAAGCCAUUCCACCCUAUGGAAUAGAAGCAUUUUGCAGGAUUUUUAUAUUCGUGUGACUUGAGCAAAGAGCCCAGGGCUGGGCGGGUUUAGUUCCCCAGCCCCUGUGGGCUUUUAGAGGCAUUUAUGGGAAUUUUGGGAGGAGGGGAAACCAAGGGGAGAGCCCCUGGGUGGCUCUGUGGAGGUGCAGCCUCCCCAGAAAUAAAAUCAGGCGUGGCCACCACUCUGUGCCUUGGCCCUGGAGAUGGGCACGGGGAGCACGAGUUUGGAUCCCACCUAACAAAGCCAGGAGCCACAGGAGCAGCUCCUGGAGCUGGGCUGGAGGUCCUGCCUGAUGGCCUCCCCCAGCAGAGCCCCAUUUCAUCCAGCUCCUCAGGACAGUUUUUAGCAAUAAAGAUGAAAACCAGGCAGUGCCUUUGCUCUGUGACAGCAGGGACCUGGUUUAGGGCACAAUCCAAGACUUGGGUCCGGCCAGAAUCCCUUCCCCUCCUCUUGCCCUCGCUGUUUGCUGGCAGCAGCUCCUGCUUGGUGGCCUUUGUGUCCCCAGGGCUGUCAGGUUCUGAAGGAGCUCCUGGCAUGAAGCAUUAGUUGAUGUCUCCCUCCUUCCCUCCCUCCCACAUCCCAGCCCCGUGCAACAGCACCAGCAGGUACCGACACCACCAUUCCCCACCCAUCCCUUCGGAUUGAAGCUGUUUUGGGGUAAAACUUCUAGGAAAAGAUCCAGGGAGAGGCCAAAGCUUCUCAUUCCUCAUCUGGACCACCAAACCCCGGUGUAAUCCAGCAAUUCCAAACUUUUAGCCUUGAUCCAAACAGCCCCAACAUUCCCCAGCAGCUCCUGGAGGCAGGGAGGCGUCUGUGUAUUCCCUAACUCAGCCUUUAGCAGGACGAUUAAUGCCAACAAUUUUGUUGGAAUGUAUUAAUUUGAAAGUUCUACUUUUCACCUGCACAGAAAAGUUCUUCUUGUAUAGUAAUUUUUUUCUAUAUAUUGUUUCUGUAUGUACUGUACAAGUAACUUAUUCUUGAAUAAUGCGAUUUUACCGUAAUAUUAAAAAAAAAAAUCUGCUCUUAAUAAACUGUUUUUAGAACUUGUUUCUCA